CGGGAGGGGGUGCGGCUUCCCAGGCUGGACUGCUAGCUCCCGCAGGCAGGCACGGGUCGGGCGAUCGGAACCGAACGGAGUAGGGUAGCGGGCAUCCUGUGUUGGGCGGCGCCAUGGGGAGCCAGCUGAGCACGUUGGGUGGCUUCGUGCUGUCUCCUGUCUGGUUCAUCUAUAGCCUCUUCAUGAAGCUUUUUGGGAAGUCGGCUCCACCCAUCACCCUAGAGAACCCUGAGGUGAAGUACCCAUUGAGGCUGAUUGACAAAGAGAAUAUCAGCCAUGACACACGGAGGUUCCGAUUCGCACUCCCGUCUCCACACCACGUGCUGGGCCUCCCCAUUGGCCAGCACAUUUACCUGUCAGCCCGCAUUGAUGGGAACCUGGUCAUCCGGCCCUACACGCCUGUCUCCAGUGACGACGACAAAGGCUUUGUGGAUCUGGUUAUCAAGAUUUACUUCAAAGACACACAUCCCAAGUUUCCUGCUGGCGGGAAGAUGUCCCAGUACCUGGAGAGUCUGAAAAUUGAUGACACAAUUGACUUCAGAGGCCCCAGUGGACUGCUGGUCUACCAUGGCAAAGGGAAGUUUGCCAUCCGUCCUGACAAGAAGUCGGAGCCUGCCAUUAAGACGGUGAAAUCAGUGGGCAUGAUCGCAGGAGGGACAGGUAUCACCCCGAUGCUGCAGUUAAUCCGAGCCAUCAUGAAGGACCCUGAGGACCACACUGUCUGCCACCUGCUCUUUGCCAAUCAGACAGAGAAGGACAUUCUGCUCCAGUCCGAGCUGGAGGAACUGAGGAACCAGCACUCAGCCCGGUUUAAGCUCUGGUUCACUGUGGAUAAAGCCCCUGAAGAUUGGGACUACAGCCAAGGGUUUGUGAAUGAGGACAUGAUCCGAGAGCACAUGCCUCCCCCUGAAGUCGAGCCCCUGAUCCUCAUGUGUGGGCCCCCUCCCAUGAUCCAGUAUGCCUGCAUCCCCAACCUGGACAAAGUGGGGUACUCCAAGGACUUGCGUUUCUCCUUUUAGGGGGGACAGUGACCUGGGGUAGCAGGCAGGAUGGAGAGCUGGUUCACAGGAACAAGGUCACACAUAUACAUACCUAUACACAUAUACACACACAUAAACAAACACAUGGGCCCAUGUCAGGGGCUGGGGAGCAACACCCAACCACGGGUCUCUAGACUGGCAGCCUUUCCUCUUCCCCUUCCUCCCCCAGUAAAGCAGGCAGACUUCGCUACCUUCCCCUCCCACGCUGGGUGGGUGACUCGAUUCAGUUUUUCUGCCAGAGGUGACAGUUUCCCAGGUGGGGGUCAUGUUCAUCACUAAGCUGGACCAUUAGUCACUCCCAAACACUGUGACCAACUUUUCAUGGUUCAUUUUUUUCAGUCACAUGCUCCCUCAAGAGUCAGGAGUUUUUUCCUCUUGGUCUUGGGAGGCUUUAAACAUUUUUUUCUUUUAAUUUUAUUUUUUCUUCUCCAACAAACCCAGCUCCCAUGCAAGAAAGGGUUUCUCAAAAGGAGAUGGCUCGUGCCACAGCUGGUCUACGCUCCUUUGGGGCCACCAUCCAUCCAGGGGCCCCUCCUUGGUAUCUUCAGCCUGUCUGUCUCAUGAGCUUGAGCAGAGCCGUAUGCGGGGCAUCCGACAGGCCGGCUACCCCAUGCCUGGCCCGGGACAGCUUCAAUCAUUAAGGGGGCUUUUGAGUCAGGUGGGGGCAAGAUGGGUCCAGCUCCCCACAGGCCACAGGUGCCAGGCAGCAAGACCCAUGGUCUCCUGGAAAGUUCUUCUUGGGACCUCCAUGGUCUCCAGAGAACGGAGGGCUGGCUCACGCCUGAAGUCCUCCUCAGCCAGUGGCAGUUUGUCAUUGCUCCUCUGACUCAGAAGAGAGAUGGAAAGACAGCUGUUUGGUUUUUGGGAAAACGUACUUGAAGAGCCAUGGAGUAUUUAUUUAUGAGGAGCCUGGGGUCCACAGCUGGGACUGGGCCAGGAAUGUCAAGAGAGCAGAGUUAUGGGCAAGAGUGUCCAGCUCCUCCGAGGGGAAGCCACAGUGAUGGAGGGGACCCCAAGUGGUCAAGGGAUGUGUGUGUGAGAGACAGAGGGAUAGAGAGGGAGGGUAGUAUUGAAGGAGAGACAGAGAGAGACAGAAAGAGAAACAGAGGGAUAGAGAGACAGGGAGGGUGGUAUUGAAGGAGACACAGAGACAGAAAGAGAAACAGAGGGAUAGAGAGACAGGGAGGAUGGUAUUGAAGGAGAGACAGAGAUAGAGGGAUAGAGAGAAAGAUUCCAAGGGCCUCAAAUUUUUUUCCCCUUUGGCAUGAUUAGCCAAGGGUCCCGGCCACCUCCUGCUGCCCCUUCUGCCAGCAGCCUCAAGCCAGAUUCCAAAGAGUUCCUUCCCCCCAGGAGGGUCCCCCCCCAGGUACCGUCUGUGCUGCCCUAGCCCAGGUGGUUCUGCCUCAUUUAAUCCCAGCCCCCUCCUCGGUUUUUGUGACCAGAGGCCAGCCAGUUCAAUAUCUGGCUGUACCAGAUGUGUGGUUUUCCUUUCCUGCCUUUUUUAGAGGAGUCUGCCUCAGCUCAGUGACUACCUUCCCCCUUCACAUGUUGCUUUGCAAAUAAUAGUUGUCCAUUGGUAUCAGAGGGACAGGGUCACUUGGCCAGGCUGGGUAGAGAGGCACGAGGGCAAGGGAUGGUUGCGUGUGUGUGUGCGUGCCCCUGUGUGUAGGUGAGUUUGUGUAUACCUGUGUCGUGUGUAUGUGUGUGUAUGGGUGGUGUGUGUGAGUGUGCGUGUGCAUCCUAGUGAUGGGAAGGACGGGGGUUUCAAAGAAGUUAAAAGCAGGGCUGGAGAGAGGAGCAGAGAAUGGGGAGGGUGGUCACUGCACCACUUCCUGCAUUCGGCUGGGAGCACCCCACAUUGUGGUGACUUGAAGCUGACCGAUUAUUCCCAGUGAGGCAGAACCUUUGGCCAGAAUGGCCUGUGGAGGGAAAAUGAUGUGGGCGGUGCCAGGGUCUGUCUGCUCCCAGAGGUGCCCCUCCACAUCCUGGCUCUGCCCAGCUCUGGAGGCUCCCUGGACAGUGGGUGGGUGCCACCAACAAUGCCUUUGUCCUGCUUCCUUCUCCAAUAGUGGCUUUCUUCCGGGCUACAUGUUUUCUUUUGUGCAGAAAAUAGAAUAAAACUUUGCUCAAUGUUG